AUGGAUGUAUAUGGAGUAACUGGAAUGGAUGAUCUUUUAGACUUGUCUAGUGAUGAGAUUUUCGCUUCCUCCACAGCCACCCCCACCACUCAUUCAGACCUUCACUGCCACGCCUCCUCCACCGCCGUCGCUGCCACGGCCACCGGUUGCUUUGAUGCACCUACUGCUGACUACUACAAUUUCCCCGAUGUCUUCUGUGUUCAUAGCGAUGACGCGGCUGAGCUAGAAUGGCUUUCGAACUAUAUGGACGAUUCAAUCACCGAUUGUCCGGCGAAUUCCAUUACCAGCGCCGCUGCAGCAUUUCACGGUAGCUCUCGGAGAAGAAAUGGCGCUGCUGCCGGCACCUACACAUGGAGUUCUACAUCACCACCAAAUGACAAUGUAAACCAGAGAGAGAGUUCGAUUACUAGCGGUUACGAGAAUGCUGAAAAGGAGCGUAGAUGCACGCACUGCUCAUCGGAAAAGACACCGCAGUGGAGGACCGGCCCGAUGGGCCCGAAGACGUUGUGCAAUGCCUGUGGUGUUCGCACUAAAGUACCCCCGCACAAGGACGGGCAUUGUCUAAACUUCGGCCCCUCUCAAAAGAGAGAGAGCCAGCCUGGACCAACCACAGCAAACCCGAAACCUCCAGUAGCUCCAGCUUUCCACCGAUCGAAACGCCAUCACCACAAAAGAGACCAAACCUCCCAGACCCUGCCACCACCUAAACCACCACCUCCCCGAAACACAACCCAACCAACACCCAUCAACACACCACCUCAACAAACCCACAACAGACCACGCACACAAAAAGAAAACACAACAACAAAGCCCUCAACCGAUCGUAACCGGAGAGGUAAAAACCUCCACCGACCGAAGUCGGGAAGGGAAAAAACUCCACCGCCGAGACGGGGAGAGAGAACUAGGACUCCGAGGAGCCUAGAGGAAACCGAACGAGUGGCCCAAGGCCACUAG